GACUUUACGAGAAGUUUGUUCAAAGGUUUUACAGUGUUUAUAGUGUUUAUAUUGUGAAAGAGAUAUUUUAUUAUUCUAUGUUAUUGUUUUAAAUUUAUCCUUCACUGAGAUAGUACGAUGGCUGAUUCCCAAUGCUGGUUGCCUGUGGCUGAAAAGAUAAAUGAAUCUGUCAAAGAAUUCAUGUCUGAAGUCUAUAAAAUUUGGGAUCAGAUGGGCCUCAGUCCAGAAUCCAAAGCAUCCCGCUUUGAACAGGUUGCUAUUCACGUCCAGGACUUGAUUCGUGAAAUGAAAACUGAAGCACAGGACUCCAGAAAUGAAUUACUGCAGGAAGUACAGGAGUUGAUGAAAGAGGCGGCUGAUCUUGCAGAGAUUUUGAAUGCUGAGAAGCUAAAGAUAGGGAAUGAAGAAAUGCCCUACCUUGAAGCAAAAGCGACCAUUCUAAAUCACUUACAGAAGCUGCGGUUAUUAAAACAACAACGUUUGAGUUUUGCUGAAGAACUUCUGGACAAAGAAUAUAAACUUUGCAAGGUUCUUGGUAAACAACCCUUUGGUUUCAAAGAUGAAAUUCCCAGCGAAGUGGAACUGAAGAAUUUCAAAUUAUAUUUGGAUAUACAAGAGGCUGAAAAGACGCGUCUGCAUCUAACAUUUAAAGAGUCUCAAAGAAUAAUCAUUGAGAUGAUGGAUGAACUGCGUCUGCAGCCAUUGACAGAUUUUGAGAAUCUUGUCUACAACAAUGGGGAAAAUUUUAUUCUAAACAACGCGAAUAUGACGAGGCUUAGAGAAUUGCACGAUCAUCUGAAACAGCAAAUUCUUGAUUCGCAACAAGAGGCUGAGGAGAAGAAAAAACAGCUACAAGAUUUGUGGAUAUAUUUGGAGGAAUCGUCAGAAAAAUGCCAACGCUUUCUUGAAACUUACACAGGGUAUAAUGUCAAUACAUUGAAGGCUUUUGAUGAGGAAAUUAAAAGGUGCAAACAGAAAAGAAGUGAAAAUAUUGCCAAAUAUGUUAAAAAGAUUCGUUGUCGAAUAGAGGCAUUGUGGGAUCAAUGUCAACUAGGUGCAGAGGAACGUCGUGCUUUUCAGCUUAUGCAGCAUCAAACUUUCACAGAGGAUCUGCUAACCCUUCAUGAAAUGGAGGCUGACAAGCUGCAAAAAUACUACGAUGAAAACAAAGCAAUAUUUCAACUACUGGAGGAGCGAGAUCUCUUAUGGCAGAAAAUGAGCAGCUUAGACGAGCGCGCUACUGACCCAAACCGUUUUCACAAUCGUGGUGGUCAGCUUCUCGCUGAAGAAAAAGAGCGCAAAGUUAUACAAAAAAAGCUGCCGAAAAUUGAGGAACAGUUACAAGACAUGCUGGAAGCCUAUGCUAUGAAAAAUGGUAAAACUUUCAUGACUCAUGGAGUCCCAUUGGCUGAAGCCUUGAAACGCUCGUGGACCGAGUACGCUGCGGCUAAGCAGUCUAUGGUUAUGGCUAGGAAGCAAGCGAGGGACCGGUCUAUAACUGGUAAACGAACACCGUUGAGUGUAUCUAAGCGAACACCAUCGGCAAUGAGCAUAAGACGUCCAUCUCCAGGAAACUCUAUCCAACGAAACCAACAGACUGAACUCACACCAUUCAAUCGUUCAAGAAAGAGACGUAAUGGAAGCAGCGAAUCGAACCGUCCAACCGUUAGUGGAUCAAAAAUAAAACGAGGCAAUGGCAGGCUUCCCAGAAGAAUAAUUACACAGUCAUCGAAAAACCGAAGCUCGGAUCAGGAUAAUGAAGCUAACGAGCAAGCGCCUGCAAGUUCUAGCACGAGUGUUACAUCAUAUGGAGAAUUUCAGGAGCACCUGGAAAACAGAGAUGAGUUGCGCAGCUCGGUACUUCCUCAGCAAGGAAUCAAAAGUCAAAGCCACAAGGUCAGAACAACAGCUAAUCGUAUAAAAACGCCAAUGAAACCAUUAAGAAAAAAUCUUUCGGCAGCUAAUACCCCCCGUAGGGCUUCACCCAAUAAAUUAGCACAAACUCCCCGCGCGUCAUCGCGUAGCCCUAGAGCAGUACCGGGGUCACGUCUCGUACCUGUAACCCCGGGCACUUUGCCCGUCAUAUUUUGAUAACCCUGAAAACUUCAUACGCUGAACAGAAUAUUUUUAUCUUCGAACCAAUACUAACUUAAUUUCUGAUGUAUCAUAGUAAAUAGCGUACGCCACGUAUCUCUAUAAUAUAUUAUAUUUCUUGUAUUUCUUAUUAUUAACGUUACAUUAAAUGUGGUACAAAACUGAA